AUGCGUAAGCUGGGGGACAAAAUCAAUGCUCGAAUUGAAGGACUUGAACCCCGGCUCAAUCCAGCGCCACGGAUCAGGCCACCCUUAUCGGCAGAUAAGAAGAAAGAAGGAGAAAGAAUAGGGAAGGACUUACCUAUUGCUAUAGCGGCUCCGGAACCGGCUACUGCUACCGGUCCUGAAAUAGAAAGGAAGAAAAAGAGUAAGUCUAAGAAGAAAAAGGGAAAGGCACCGGAGAGGGUUGAAAAUGCGGUUGAACCGGGUUCUACUGACCCCACGCACUCGUCCGUCUCUGCUGCCAUGUCUCAAAGUCGGGCCCCAUCUCGUCCGCCAAACCCAGAUUCUCUUGAAGAGAACUGGGUCACAGUGCACACAAUAUUUGACUGCUCAGCAUGGGACUCCCAGCGGGGAACCAUGUUGAGAAUAACCGGACUAGACAGACCAAGACGUAACCCCCUUAGUUUGCAGGACCUGGUUCAGAGUAUGGUCUCCGAAGAAUCCAAGUGGAAAGCUGUCCAGGCGUUCUGCGAGGAGGUACUCAAGGCCAAGGAGGAUACUGAGCGGGCCCGGGAAAUAGAACCGGGGGCUACGCUCCAGAGAAGAAGAAGAACAGGGAGGCGCAGACGCAACUAUGCGAAUGCGCCCCCCCCGUUGGCGGCAGACAGAAGGAGGAAAGAAAAGGAGACGGUGGCACAAGCUACUCCCGUAGCGACUGUUGUGGCACCUGGACCCGAAAAGGAAAAGAAGAAGGCCAAGAAGGCGAAAAACAAGGAGGACCCGAGGCCGCCGAACCCAGACUCUCUGGAAGAAACCUGGGCCACGGUGGUCAAAAGGAAGAAGACAAAGGAGAAGUCGCAUCCGCAACCGCAACCGGGGAAGGCAACCAAAGCCAAGAAAAGUCCCAAGGCUAAGGCAAAGCCGAAGCUCAGGACUCCCCGGUCGUCGGCAAUAGUCCUCACCCUCACGGACGAGGGAAAGGAGAAGGCGAUGCUGACCUAUCAGAAGGCCCUGCUCAUCGCGAGGUCGAAGAUAGAUCUCAAGGAGAUUACGGGUCUUGAGACCCUCAGAGUCCGCAAGGCGGCAACGGGGGCCACAGUUCUGGAGCUCCCUGGGGCGAACAGCGGCUCGAAAGCCGAUGCCCUGGCUGAAAAGCUGGGGACCUUGUUCGGCGGAAAGAUGAAGGUGACGCGGCCCGCGAAGACUGUAGACAUCAGGAUCUCAGGAAUCGACGAGUCGGUCGGCGAAUUGGAACUGCAAGAUGCAGUGGCCAAAAAAGGAGGAUGCCAAUUCAACGACGUGAAGAUUGGCCAGAAGAGGGACGACAGGGGCUCCUAUGGAAACAUAGGCAGAAGAAGGCCAAGACGGCGAUACGCGCGCGCAAGCUGUGCGACAUCUGCCCUCGGCUCGGGGCUGGGCAAAGGCUUAGCUGAUACCAGCCCCUUGACCGAACAGAGCAGUGGCAGACGGGCUCUUGGAUGGUUUAGUGGGUAG